CUAACCUUCAUCUUCUUCAUCAAUACAAAGAGCAGGAAAACAAGAAAAGCAGAGCCGCAUCGCUUUUUGCUAGCUAAGCUACUGUGGGAGUUAUUGUUCUUCAGAACAGCUUCUGCAGUAGCUAAUAAUAUCGUUAUAUAUUAUAUAAAUUUUAUACAUCCUUUUUACCCUACAACUCCAUAUAUAAGCAAGUAAAAAUAAAUAUGGCUCGCUCUGUUUCUUCCUUUAAGCUCCUUGGUGCUUCUGUUUUUGAUGGUCUUUAUGUCUCCAUAUCAAGGAGAGGUUACUCGGGUGCACCGCCGGCGGCAGUUACGGCUAGCUUUGGUAGGCCUGGGGCGAUGGGGAAAGUGGAACGAAGAGAUGCGAUGAAAGAGUCGUCGUCGUCGGAGACAAGGGCUUAUUCUUCAGCUUGGGCGCCUGACCCUGUUACGGGGUAUUACCGGCCGGAGAAUUGUGGGGCUGAGAUCGAUGCGGCGGAGCUCCGGGAGAUGUUGUUGAAUCACAGGGUUAGAUCACAGUAGAAACUUGCCACCGCAUGUGAUCACCGUAGCAGAGCAGAGCCAUAAUGUUUUGCAGAUGUUUGGGUGCCUUUGUAUUUUGUUUUGGUUUUGAGUUCAAAAUCUUUUAUCUUAAUAGUCGGUAGUUUUUUCGUAUAAAGAGUGUAGUGUGCUGAACUUUAAGCUAAAGCAGAAAAUUAACUAAA